GUCACCAGCGCGCGCUUUCACCACCGCAAGUCCAUAGCGCUCGCUCUGCACCCGCUGCUGCUCCUCCAUCCAUCACCACAAUCACCACCACCCUCGUCGCAAUGGCUCCUGCCGUGCGUCGCUCCCAGCGUACGCCUGCUCCGACUCCAGCGCGCGAGCAGGCUGCUCAACCCGCGAAAGUCGCCAAAGCGAAGACCACCAAAAAGGCUGCUCCGAAGCAGGCUGCUGCCGGACCUCAAGCAAACACCGCUGCCAAGCGCACCGCCGCGACGGCUGCUCCAAAGGCAAACGCUGCAGCCAAGCCCAAGGCCGCUCAGGCCAGCGACAGCGAAGGCCCAAAGAAGCGGGGUCGUCCGAAGGCAACAGACACCGAAGCCCCCAAGAAGACUGCUGCGAAGCGCAAGCAGGAAGAUGAUAGCGAUGCUUCUCCGGACGCGAAGCGCACAAAGAAGACAGAAGAGUCCACUACCGCCCAACCGAAGGCGGCUGCCAAACCGAAGGCUGCUCCCAAGCCCAAAGCUGCUCCGAAACCGAAGGCCGCUCCGAAACCCAAGGCCGUCGUCAAUGGUCCUCGGUUCACCGAGAAGCUGAAUGUCUACGUCUUCGGCGAAGGCAGCAACGCUGAGCUUGGUCUCGGUACCGCAAAGAACUGCGUUGAUGUCAAGCGCCCGCGUCUCAAUCCAUUCCUCCCAGCAGACACUGUCGGUGUUGUGAGGGUGGCUACAGGUGGCAUGCAUUGCCUUGCUCUCACCUACGACAAUCAAAUCUACAGCUGGGGCGUGAAUGAUCAAGGUGCUCUCGGUCGCGACACCACCUGGGACGAUGACGCGAACAUGAGGGACGUCGACGCGGACUCCGACUCAGAUUCCGACGAUGGAAACAAGACCAACGGCUUGAAUCCUCUUGAAUCGACUCCGAUGCCCAUCCUGGCUGAAUGCUUCCCCGAGAACACCAAUUUCGUCGACAUUGCUGCAGGUGACAGCGUCUCUCUCGCCUUGACUGACACCGGCUUGGUCUAUGGCUGGGGCACUUUCCGGAGGAACGAAGGUAUCCUGGGCUUCAGCGAGACCAGCAAGGUUCAGGAACGCCCUGUUCUGAUCCCCGAACUCAGUAAGAUCACUCAAAUCGCCUGCGGCGCCAACCAUUCAUUGGCCAUCGACAAGACUGGCAAGGUCAAGGCCUGGGGCAGUGGACAGCAGAACCAGCUUGGCCGCCGCAUGACCGAACGUGGCCUUAUCACAGGACUCACCCCCACCAACGUCAGCUUCAAGGACGGUCGCCGUAACCAGGCAAUUCGUGAUGUAGCCUGCGGACAGUACCACUCCCUCGCCAUCGGUGUCGACGGACGUGUCUGGUCAUUCGGUGCAAACAACUUCGGCGAGUGUGGCAUCCCGGAGAGCGCUGGCAAAAACAACGCUAUCGUCGAGACCCCUCAGCUCGUUACGAGCCUCGGCAACAACGUGAUCUCUCUCAGCGGUGGAUCCCAUCACAAUGUCGCCGUCACUAAUCAGGGCGAAUGCCUCGUGUGGGGACGCCUCGAUGGACAGCAGAUCGGACAGCCCGUCGCAAACGUGCCUCAAUCCAGCGUCCUCAACGACAGCACCGGACACCCAAAGAUCCUCAUCGUCCCUACUGCUGUUCCUAAUCUUCACAACAUUGUGGCAGCGACGUGCGGCUCCGACCACUCUAUCGCCAUUACUGGCAGCGGACAGGCCUACUCAUGGGGCUUUUCGGCAAACUAUCAGACGGGACUUGGCACCGACGAGGACGUCGAGGUCGCCACAUUGAUCGAUAACACGGCAGUCAAGGGCAAGCAUCUGACCUGGGCUGGCGCUGGCGGUCAAUUCUCUGUACUCACUUCCCUUGCCCAGUAGAGAGGGCGUGGGGUUCUCUGGGUGCUUUUUCCUUUUCUUUUUGGGCGGUUCUAGCGACUUUUGUUCAUAAUACUAUGCUGGUGUUGGUGGGUUGUUUCUUUUCUGGCGGAACUUUGGGGACGGGGGGGCGUCGGCGGCCCUUCUUAACCCUCGGAGGUCCGAACUCGGAGCGAGGUCUGAUGGUAGUCCCCACACUAGUUUGGAGGUGUGUCCCUGUAGCUGCGGAAGUAAGAGCCCCAUUCUGGGCUCAGUACGCGGCUACAUACACACCUCCGGCUAGUGGAAGGUGGGCCGGAAGCCUCGCUGUGGGGGAGGAAAUCUGGGGGGAUGGGGGUCGUCGGCGCCUAUAUAGACUGUAAUUGUACUUUUUUCAGACUUAUCCC